CGUUUGUAGAGGAAGCAGAAAGGCUUAUCAGCGUUACUGACCGUUGUAGGGAACUUCGGCGUGACAGUGCUUGACCAAAACAACUAGGCGGCCCUCGGGGCCGCCUGGCCAACCUGGCCACGAUGUCGGACCGCAUUUAUGUACCAGUAGUGGAUUCCAAUGAAGUUGUUGCGAUUGACUUAGCCCAGUUACCGGAAAACUCUGAGGAGCUGCUCGAUCUUCUUGUAUCUGAGGCGGCCCCAUUAAGCACUUGGUUUGAUUGUGCAAGAGCGUAUCUUCAGCAGGGUAAAAUAGAUUGCUUUGAUCAUAUUUAUGAGACAGCUACCAGCGAGGAGACGGCAAUUGAGGUUGAACGCUACUUCGGACAGAAGCCCAAUUAUGAGCGCAUCCAAUUCUUCACAGCUCGGGCGGCUAUAUUCAUUGCUCAGGCGCGCGAUGAGAAAACCCCGGACAGCAAAGCACGGUUGCUGUCAGAGGCGAGGAAGCUCAUCACGCAAGCCGGCACGCUGGACCAAAACGAGCAACUUGUUCACCUAACUAGCGGUCUCCACAGCAUGGCAAGGGGCGACCUGCAGAGCGCCUCCCGCGACUUCAAGCGCGCCUCCACCUGCCGCAACAACGGGCGGCCCAACGUGGUGGGCUACCUGGCGGUGGCGGGGCUGGCCUACCAGCAGCAGCAGUACAAGGAGGCGCUGUCCUACUACCGCGCCGCGCUGCGUGAGUUCCCCGGCGCCCGCUGCCCCGCGGAGGUGCGGCUGGGCAUCGGGGCCUGCUGCCUGCGGCUGGGCGAGCUGCCCACUGCGCGGGCCGCCUACCGCCGCGUGCUGGCGCUGGACCCCGACUGCGCGGACGCGUACCUGGGGCUGGCGCUGCUGGCGGCGUCGGACGCGAAUGUGCAGCAGGGCCUGGCCGACUGCCUGCGCCACCUGCUGACCGCCUACCAGCUGCAGCCCACCCACGUGGGCGUGCUGGCGCACCUGGCGCACUACUGCCUGCUGCAGGGCAGGCCGCAGCACGCGGAGGAGCUGGCGAGGGCGGCGCUGGAGGGCGCGGAGGCGCUGCCGGGGGGGGCGGCGGAGGGGCCGCGGGCGGAGGCGCUGUCGCUGCUGGCGCGGGCGUACCACGCGCAGGGGCGGCUAGAUGAGGCCAGGGCGGAGUAUGCCAAGGCAUGCGCCCUGGACAAGCGCGCCCCGCUGCCGCGUCUGGGCAUGGCUCAGAUGUACUGCGCGGCGGGGCAGCUGGUGAACGCGGCCACGGAGCUGGAGGGGGCGCUGGAGGGGGCGCCGGCGUUCUAUGAUGCGCUCAAGAUCCUGGGCCAGCUGCUGCCCGCGCUGCACCGCGACGGCGCCCCUGCCGCCCGCGACGGCCCCUCCGCCCCCCCCAGCGGCGCCCCCGCUGGCCGCCUGGCCGCCACCGUGUCGCUGCUGAAGGAGGCGACCGCCAAGCAGCCGGGCGACACGGAGAUGUGGGAGAUGCUGGGGGAGCUGCUGGCGCCCACCGACCCGGCGGGCUCCCUUGCUGCCUACAAGCGGGCGCUGGAGGCCCACGCCGCCAAGCAGGCCGAGGUGCUCAAGCAGCGGGCGGCGCGGGAGGCGGCGGCGGCAGCGCGCAGGGAGGCGGCGGAGGCGAGGCGGAGGGAGCGACAGGGGCGGCGGACGACGCAGGAGGAGGAGCGGGUGGCGCGGCAGGAGGCGAAGCGCGCAGCCAAGCAGCGGCGGCGGGAGGCGGGCGAGGAGGAGGAUGACAUGGAUAACCUGUUUGGGUCGGAUGAUGACGAGGAGGAGGAGGAGGGGAGGGAGCUGGAGGAGGAGGAGCUGGAGGAGGAGGAGGCCGAGGCCCCCCUGCCCGACCAUGUGGUGCCCGCCCGCCUGCUCAACAACGCGGCCGUGCUGCACUACAGGGCGGGUGAGGUGGCUGCCGCCAUGUCGCUGCUGCAGCGGGCGGUGGCGGCCAUGGACCGCGGCGAGGAGGAGGGCGGGGUGGCCAGCCGCAUGCACCGCGCCACCCUCACCUUCAACCGGGGGCGCCUGCUGGAGGCGAGUGGGGAGUUCAAGCAGGCGGCGCAGGUGUACAAGGACGUGCUGUCCGAGCACCCCACCUACAUCGACUGCCACCUGCGCCUGGCCUGCAUGGCCCGGGCCAAGGGGAACCACAAGGAGGCGCUGCAGUUCGCACAGUCCGCUCUCGACGUGGAGGGCGGCCAUGCUGACGCGCUGGCGCUGCUGAGUCAGCUGCACAUGGAACGGAGGGACUACGAGGCGGCGGGCAGGACCCUGAUCCAGCUCAUCCAGGACAGCAGCAGCAAGCGCGACGUGUACGGCCGCAUCGGGUACGCCAACACCUACCUCUACACGGCGCCCAAGGACCGGCGCGAGGAGGCGACUCGCAAGGCGGAGGCGAGGUUCAGCAAGGCCCUGGACGAGUACCGCUCCGUGCUGGAUGCCGACCCGCGCAACGUGUGGGCCGCCAACGGCUGCGGAGCCGCACUGGCGGAGCUGGGAUACCUGGAUGCGGCGCAGUCCAUCUUCUCCGAGGUGUACGCCUCCAUGGCGCUCUCCUCCGGCUUCCUCACCAUCCCCGACGUGCUCAUCAAUCUGGCCAACGUGCACCUGGCGCGAGGCGACUACCCGGACGCGGUGCACCUCUACCGCACCGCACUGGACAAGCUGGAGCACAAACACCACCCGCAGGUGCUGCUCUACCUCGCCCGCGCCCUGUACGACAGCAACAAGCUGGGCGAGGCGCAGGUGUGCCUCAAGCGCGCCAUCCACCUGGCGCCCACCGACUACAAGCUGCGAUUCAACUUCGCACUCACGCUGCAGGAGUGGGCGGUGCGCGCCUUCAGGCGGGAGCGGCCGCCGGGGGACCCCUCCAAGCUGGCGGACCUGCAGCGGGCGGAGCUGCUGCUCAAGGAGGCGCACCGCCACUACGAGCACCUCAAGGUGUUGGGUCGCGAGCGCAGCGGGCUGGACGACGUGAAGCUCAAUGCGCACGUCAACUUCUGCCAUGCGCAGCUGCAAAAGACCCCCGACCUGCUUGACGCCGCCGUGAAGGAGGACUACGAGGCGCGGCUGCGGCGGCACGAGCAGGUCAAGAUGCGCGAGGCGGCGGAGGCGGAGCGGCAGGCGGAGGAGCUGCGCAAGCAGGCGGCGGUGGAGGAGGAGAAGCGGAGGAGGGACGCGCUGGCGAGGGCGGCGCAGGAAAAGCUGGAGGCCCGCAAGGCGGAGUGGCGGCACCGGGCGGAGCUGGAGGCGGAGGCGGAGGGCGGCGCGGGGGGCGAGGGAGGCCGCAAGCGCCGCAGAGGGGAGGCGGGCGCAGGGAAGAAGCGCAAAGGGGAGAAGGGCGGCCGCAGCGGCGGCGGCGGCAAGGGCGGUCGCGGCGACUCGUUCGGCGACGACGAGGAGGAGGCGGUGGUGGGCGGCAGCGAGGAGGAGGAGCCCGAGUACGAGGAGGACAGGCGCGGUGGCGGCCUGGGCAGUGAGGACCCGGAUGAGGAGGGUGCGGGGCUGGCGGCAGGGGGGGCGGGCAGCGACGGAGAGGGCGGGGCAGGCGGCCGCACCACCAAGCGCCGGCGCCAGCGGCUGCGAGCCGGGGCGGGCGCGGGCGGGGAGGAGGAUGACGCGGCGGCUGCCGGGCUGGAGGACGUGGAGGCGGCGGGUGCGGGCGCCGGGGUGGAGGAUGAGGAGCUGCAGGACGCCAACGGACACGUGGGGGCGUACGGCAGGCGAGGACGGCGGGGGGCGGCGGCGUUUGAGGAGGAGGACGAGGAGGAGGAGGGCGGGGCGCGGGUGGGAGGUGGUGGCGGUGAGGGGGACGUGCACCAGCAGAACCUGCACCGGGACUUGUUUGGAGACGAGGAUGAGGAUGAUUAGGAGGAGGAGGAGGAGGAGGCAGUGGUUGGCGGUGAGGGGGUUGUUGUGAGAGUGGCCUACAGCCGGUGGGCAGGUUGGGGUUGUUGAGGUUCGGGUUGAGGAGGGUGUUGGUGACAUCCGGGUGGGGGCGGAUGGCCCUGCCAGGACGGGUUGCUCAGCUGUGUUUGUGGCUGGCGGCGUACACCACUUAUUGACAUGUGCGCUGACCUUGUGUUGACGUUACUGACGUUAGGGGGGCGACUCUGAAGGGUGAGCUAGCAAUCCGGUGAGUUCAAUGCAUUGUGUUCAACAUGCGGCCCCAUAAACAGCUCUUCUUCUACCGGUAGCCAUAUGCCUCUUAACAUGGGCAUGACGUGGCAAGAACAGUCAGGUAGCUAGCAGGCUAUGCAUCUGCGGCAAUCAGAGGACUCUUAAGAGCCAGGCCGGAUGCUAGGGCGUUUAAAAACACGAGGCGAAACAACGAAAGUUGGGUUUGGCUGGGAAAUCAUUUGGAUGCCCACGCGUAUGUACUCCCAGAGAGCAGGGGGAUGGGGGAAGGGGCCCCUUCCCCCACACGCCACAAGAUGCAUUCGGAGCCGAACAAAUUAGCCGAUGCAGAGUACCUCUUAUAACGAGGGAGCGGCGCAGAGUCUUGCUAUUGGGGGUCUGACGAUGUGGGAAGGCCAGAGUAGGGCAACGUAUUGCCGAAAGCUAUGCUACUAGUGUAUUGGAUCUGUGCAACAAUCAAUGAGCAGUACAAGGGCCGAAUCGACGCCGAUGCCUUAUUGCCAAGCUCAUACAGCAACGCUGGAUAACUUCAUUACAUGUAGCUACUAACUGUCCAAGCGCAUUACUAACUGCCC